AUGCUCCGCCAGGGUGUUCGAUUGAGCAGUGCUAUUGCUCGAAGAGCAACUUCCAUUGAUGUUGAUGCGCUUGGAGUUGCUACUAUCACUCUUGACAAUGGAAAGGUCAACAUGAUGGACCGAGUUCUGAUGCCAGAGCUCAUCGACGGCGUGAAACAAUGCGCCAAAGACGGCGUCAAAGGCUUCAUCGUUCAAUCUCACAAGCCGAACAUCUUCUGCGCGGGGCUUGAUAUCAAGCAGCUCCACGAUAAGCCACGAGAUGAGAUGGAAGAUUUUUGGCGCUUAUUGCAAGAUUCGUGGUUCACUCUUUACAACUUGGAUCAACCUAUGGUGGCCGCUGUCAACGGGGCUGCAAUUGCAGGAGGUUGCUUGAUCGCCUGUACAGCGGACAGGAGACUUAUGCUUCGAAAUACAAAGGGCAAAAUCGGGUAUUCAGCUCCGAUGCUUGGAAUGGUAACUCCCACUUUUGUAAUGUCAACUUUCCAAUCCAUUGUUGGAAAUCGAGAGGCCGAGCUCGCCCUUGGAACAGCUCGCCUUUACAAUGCUGAAGAAGCUCACAAAGCUGGACUCAUUGAUAUUCUAGCAGAUAAUCCCGAGGAGCUCCACGCGCUCGCUAGAAAAGAAGUUGAGCAAAUGAUCAAAAUCCCGAAUCAAGCACGAGCAAUCACCAAAAAACUUAUCAGAGUUAUCAAACCUAAACUCAAGACAGACUCAUCAUGCCUUGUAAAAAUCAUCAAUAAAGUACGGCCAGAUGAAGUGUACAACCUAGCCGCGCAGAGUCACGUACAGGUCAGCUUCGAUUUGGCCGAGUACACAGCCGAUGUUGAUGGAACCGGCACUUUGAGAUUGCUCGAUGCUAUCAGAACUUGCGGUCUCGAGAAAUCUGUUCGAUUUUAUCAAGCGUCCACCUCGGAGAUAGUCCAAGAAGUGCCUCAAUCCGAAACGACACCCUUCUACCCGAGAUCGCCGUACGCUUGCGCGAAAGUAUACAGCUAUUGGAUUACGGUUAAUUACCGGGAAUCGUACGGCAUCUUCGCCGUCAAUGGUAUUCUCUUCAACCACGAAUCGCCUCGACGAGGCUACGCCUUUGUGACGAGAAAAGUUACUCGUGGUGUUGCUAAAAUUAGCCUCGGGCUUCAAAAAUACAUUUCCCUCGGAAAUUUGGAUUCAACUCGUGAUUGGGGCCACGCAAAAGACUACGUCGAAGGAAUGUGGCUCAUGCUCCAGGCGGAGAAGCCAACAGACUUUGUUCUUGCCACGGGAAAGACAAUUUCUGUCCGCACAAUGGUUGAAGAGGCCUUUAGAAACAUCAACGUGGAAAUCCACUGGAAAGGUUGCGGCUUAGAGGAAGAAGGCAUCGACGCUGAGACGGGGGAGACACGAGUUCGUGUUGAUCCCAAAUUUUUCAGACCCGCAGAGGUUGACGCUCUCCUCGGCGAUCCAACGAAGGCUAAAAAGCUUCUCGGCUGGGAAGCAAAGACCAGUUUCAAAGACCUUAUCAAAGAAAUGGUCGAACACGAUAUUCAAAUGAUGAAAGAAAACCCCAAUGCAUAA